AUGCCUGUGUCAGAAAAUCAACAGAUCAACAAAGUCGCCGACGAGCUGGUAGACGUCAUCCGCAGGGGUUAUGGCGACGUCUCAACCAAGCUGAGACCAGUCCAUGCCCGUGGUCAGCUUGUCAAGGGGAUAUUUGUGCCAUCUGAGGCUGCGAAACAUCUUUCCAAAGCGCCCAUCUUCAAGCAAGCAUCGACACAGCUUCUUGCCCGCUUCAGCUGCGAUACUGGUUACAAGGACAUCAAGGACAAUGAUGUCGAUGCCAACCCGCGCGGUCUUGCCGUACGUUUCUUGCUUUCCGAGGAUGGUCAUACCCACUACGACAUGAUCACAAACACAGCCAUCGGAUUCCCUGUGAAUCGCGGAGAGGGCUUCCGAGAUAUGUUCAGGUACAAGCUUGGCGAGAUUACUUGGGAGCAGCUCAUUAAAGUUUGGCCGUUUGUUCCAUGGUACACGCGCAACAGAAAGCCGCUCUGGCCGAUGUCUUUCGCGACUGAGCAGUGGCACGGCAUUCAUUGCUUCACGCUUGACUCUGAAGAUGGAAAGAAGACAUACUUCCGAACCCGACUCGUAUCGCCGCAAGGUGUGAUGAAGAUGGGUGAAGAAGAGGCGAAGGAAAAGAGUGGCACAUACCUGUUUGACAACCUCGAAGAGCGUCUUUCUGCCAAACCACCGAAGCCAAUCGUGUACAACUGGAUGGCUCAAAUUGCCGACCCCGAGAAGGACAGCCUCAACGAUUCGAGCUCCGAGUGGCCCGAAGACCGUGAAUUUGUGAACUUGGGCGUAUUCACAUUCGACCGGCUAUGGACGAUGGAUCAGGGAUCAACGCCAGGACGCGAUCAGGAGCGACUCAUUUUUGACCCCAAGCCAAGGUAUAUGGACGGUAUUGGUGUCAGUGACGAUCCAAUCAUCGAGAUGCGGACAUCUGUGUACCUCAAGAGCGGUCUGAUCCGGAGAGAAGCUAAUGGUGUAGCUGGGCGUGAUACUGAUGGUCACCGGGUUGGCCAGUGA